AUGGUGAAACAAGCAUCCAUGCUGAAGGCUACCUUGCCUCUCUUUGCCAGAUUCGUCUUGAGCAAUGGACUAAAGACAAAGCAUGGAGUGUUUGAGAUCAAACUGGAAUCUAUUGACCAAGCCUUGCCUGUUGUGACCAAGAACAAGGGGUUAAGAAUAAUGGAAAGGACCAUGGCGCUCCUCUCUCCAGACAUCCUUCAACUCUCUGACCCAGACACUCCAAAAGAAAACCUCACCUUCCUCUUGGCCCAGCUCCCUCAAUAUGGACAGCUCUAUCUUCAGGGGAUGGUUCUUACACAAUACAACUUUACACAACAAGAAGUAGACAAUAAGAAUGUGGCCUACAGACACCUAGGAGGAAACUCACAGGUUGACCAGUUUACCUUUGUGGCUACAGAUGGGACAAAUCAAGGUUUUGUUGUGGAUGGAAGAGUGCUGAAUGAACCUGUGUCUUUCACCAUUCAGGUGUACCAGUUGGAUAAAAAAGCACCACGCAUCAUACAUCUUCAGUGCCCUUCCCAAGUGGAGCUUCUGAAAAAUGGUUGCUAUGGGAUUUACAUAACAUCUCGAGUCCUGAAGGCAUCUGACCCUGAUACAGAGGACAACCAAAUCAUCUUUAAGAUUUUACGAGGCCCCCAGUACGGACAUCUGGAAAAUACAACAACAGGUGAACUUAUUCAGGACAGAUUCAGUCAAAAGGACCUAAACAGUAAAAUCAUUCUUUAUGUCAUCAAUCCAUCGUCAGAAAUGAAUUCUGAUAACUUGGAGUUUCAAGUCACAGAUCCCAAUGGAAACACCGCUGCCCCUCAAACUUUGGAACUGAAGUGGUCCCACAUUCAUUUGCCCCAGACUGAAUAUGAAGUGUGUGAAAACAUGAACACAGUGCCACUGAAAAUUACUAGGAUGGGCUAUUUAAUGGAAUCAGCCUUUGUUGGAGUAAAGGUUAACCAAGUAUCUGCUACAAUUGGAAAAGAUUUCACUGUGAGUCCAUCAAAGCUGAUUCAGUUUGAUCCAGGAAUGUCAACUAAGAUGUGGAAUAUAGCAAUUACCUAUGACGGAUUAGAGGAAGAUGAUGAGGUCUUUGAAGUAAUUCUCAACUCCCCUGUGAAUGCCGUUCUUGGCACGAAGACAAAAGCCAGAGUGAAAAUUUUGGACUCAAAAGGAGGACAGUGUCGCCAUUCACAUUCCUCUGGCCAAAUCCAGUACAACUCAUGGGGGAAAGGCAUAUGGCUCCCACUUUCCCCAGGCUCAUCAUCACCCUCCAUUCUUGAUGGGAUUCAUUUGGAAGGAAGACACCCUUCAUCUUCCAAAGAAGGGAUAACACACAGCAGAGGGGACAAGCUUCCCAGCUUUGACUUAACUGAUAUUCCCAGGAAAAGGCUUAGGACAAUGGGAAAUGGCAAAACCGUUCACCCAUCAUCUGUUUAUAGAAAUGAAACAGAUAUAAUUUUUAGGUAUCAUGGUAUGGUUGGCCUAAGAGUAGAAGAUGACAAAUCUGCCAUAAAUAGAGAGAAGACCAGAGUGUCUAUCAUUAAUCAGAGGCCACAAAAGAAAAGCAGGAACACAGAACCACUACGGGCAGAUAAGGUGGACCGGAUACCUUAUUUACACUCCCCCAUUCAGGACCAGUCACUAUCCUUUCCAAAAAACUGCACAUCAGCAUUAAAAGGACUCUUUCAUUUUGAGGAAAGCCUCCAAAAAUUAUAUCACUGCAAUGGAACUUCUUGGAAGCCUUGGAGUCCAAAAGACCAGGAUGGGAAUGAAAGAACCUGUCCCAUUGGAUGGAGCCAUCAAAGCAGCCAUUGCUACUCAUUGAUUACAGAUCAAAAGGUCACCUGGAAUACAGCUGCUCAGGCUUGCAGGGAACAACAUCAAGGCACCCUAGCAAGUGUGUUUACGAAACAGCAUAUGCAGUGGCUAUGGGACUUCAGUGGAAGAAAAUCCUUCUGGAUAGGUUUGAAUGACCAAGAGAAUGCAGGUCGCUGGGAAUGGGAUGGAGGUGAACCUGUAACCUUCACAAACUGGAAGAGAGAGGCACCCCCACAUUUAAAAAAAAGAAAGAGUUGUGUUUUGGUAAAAAGAAGAGGAAAGUGGCAAGCUAAAGACUGCAGGAAGGAUAAAGCUCACAACUAUAUGUGUGCCAGGAAACUAUGAACACAAGUAGCCUUGGAGAUGUCCACCAGAGCUCCCUCACAAACUGAUUUUUUUCAUAUAUGAUUGAUUUGCCAUGUUUAACAUAUGUUUUAAAUGAAAUCGUUGGCCAGGUACUUGGUAAAUUUGUUUCUUGUGGAUUAUGAGAGACUUCUGUAAAAAUGAAGUAUGACUGCAAAUUUUGGUCAAUAGUUUCCCCUCUUACCUACAUUUACCUCCUGCAAGAACAGAACCAUUCUUGUACCUUAUCUUGGACUUCUAUCCCUUCCUUCCCUGACAAACAAAAGAUACAGAAUUUUCCUUAUUUAAAUGGAAAUCAUUCAAGAUCUCAGUCAAUUCUGGCUUCUUGCCUUCUUACUGUGUGGCUUUUGAUUUCAUUUGCCUAUCAUCUCAGGAGAGAUUACCAAGAAACCUGUAUUACAAGUUUCUUCUAAUGGACCUGCCUCUCUUUCAAUUCAGCUUCAAUAAAACCAACUAUACCAGCCAGACAAAAAUGGAAAAACAAGAAAAAGUUGGAUCCUUUUAUCACCUUUAAGGGCGAGGCUGGGAGUGGGGGUUCAAUAGGUUAAAAUACUGGCAAUUCUUAUGGUAAUGAGUAAUACUUAAAAAGAAAGACUGUUGAUGGAUGAGUCAUGCAUGGUGUAUAUACUUCUAUGAAAAGUCAGAGCAAGCAACUUUGAUCUUGGAUAUGGGCUCAGAUAAGCACAUAAAUGUCAAUAGACUGGACUUCCUACUCUUUGGAAGAUUGUGAAUCAUAUAUGACCCAAGAAGAUCAGUUUUCUGAAAGGAAGGUUCACUUUGGUUCAUGCCAAGGUAAUGGUUUGG